GCUGAAAAGAACCAACUAAAACAAUAUGGAUGCCUAAGAAAAUUAUAAUUUUCAAUGCAAAAUGUUUCGGGCAUUAUAUAAAUACUCGGCAAGUACGAAGAACUUUGACUUGUCUUUUGAGGCAGGCGACCAAUUCACUGACCUAGAAAAACCGGAGAAGGGCUGGCUAUUCGUGCAGAACGGUUUUGGCGAAAUUGGCUAUGUGCCUGCAAGUUACGUUGAAAGAGAAGAUACAACAACUUUGGCUGAGAUACUGAGUUCCAUAGAUAGAGCAAUACAGAACAUCCAUUAUCAAGCCGCUGCCUCAGGCACCUACACACACACACAGCGGGAUAACCUCCAUAAACUAGGAGUGCACAGGGAUCAUGUUUUGAAGGAGCAUGGACCCCAGGCCAACCCCGAGCAUUACCUGUUAGAGACGGACAGUAGCUCGGAGACGUCGAGUCACCACAGCGAGCAUAGUGAGCACAGCACUCCAGAAAAACAUCACCACCUACUUGAUUUUCAUAUCAAGAAGAAGCACAGACCAGCCCCCCCUCCCCCCUCAGUGCCUGUGGAUCAGUCUCCCUGGACCCCCGAGGCUCAGGACCCCUGGCCCCACCACACUGGUAAAUCUCACGCUUCACAGGAGUCCCUCAAACACAGGGGUUCUCACUCUACAGCAGACUCAGCCAAGCAUUCCAGCCCCCACUCUUCUUCAGACUCACUCAAGCAUAAAGGUAGCCACUCCUCUCAAGAUUCACUCAAGAAGAAAGCAGCUCACACCACAAAACACACAUCGCCGCAUCACUCAACAAGUGUGGAUGAGAAGGACAAUGGUUGGGUGCAUGUGGAGGACACAGAAACCAAGCACCUGCUUGAGCCAGGGCGACAGAACGUAGGUGGUGAGGGUGCUUCCCUUGGGGUCCACAGUGACAGUGCUAUGUCCUCGGACAACUCCAAUCUGUUGUCAGUGUCAGACAACAAGAUGUUGAAGUCAGAGAGUGUGAUAUCCCUGUCCUCCCGCCUCUCUCUGUCCAACAGUCCAGUCAAACAGCUGGACAGACCCACAAUGAUCAACAUCAGCACCAUCCCCCUCCCCUCCAACCUGGCCACUGAGCUGGUGGGGGAGGUGAGGCGCCACACCAAGCUAAGCUACGACAAGUCAUGCCUGGCAGUGGAGGUGGUGCUCACUCACAUUGCCAACAAGAUGCCACAAACUGCCGGACUGAUGGAGAAAAUCCUGUGUACAUUCCAAGAGGUCAGUACAGCAUCAGAGGAUGACCUGAGUCACGACCACGUGAGGAUCAAGGAGCUACUUGACAAGAUCACCGAGUGUAAAGAGGACUCGCAGCAGAGGAGCUGGGCCCUCCACGAGGACCAGCACACUAUCUUAUCAGUCCUCGAGGAGCUGUUAUCCAUCUUGGAAAAUGCCAAGGCCUCAACCUGCCGCCAUGCUGUAGCCUCGGAUGGCUAUGAUUGUAUCCAUAGCUUGGUGCAGUAUUAUCAAAUGGAGGUUCGCCUGCCUUUAAGGUUGUCCCUCCUGAAGGUGUUUGGAGCUCUCUGUGGCCUGGAGUCCUCAGUUAUCUCCCAUCUCCUGUACUCCAUCCUUCCACUGGAGCUGGUGUCUGAGAUACGCCAUCAUAACCAGGAGCCUCAGAGACUGAGUUAUGUAACUUUGGUCCUGACCAUGAUCUUCUGUACCGCAGAACCAAUACCCUCCAAUCUACAAGAGACUGUUGAUGAGGAAUUUCUGGACAAGGUUCUGGAUAUGAUAGAAAACCCAGCCUCAAUGGACCAUGACGACCAGUGUACCGACCCCUUGGUGAACCUCUUACUGGCCUAUAACCUUCACUUCCCUUUCCAGGAGAGCAACGACAUCAUGUCUGUCCUAGCGAAAAAGGGGACUGUAAAAGUCUUCACUGAAAAGUUACUGGAAAUCUUCAAUAAAGGAGAGGACCCAGUGAAGAUGUUCGAGCACCAGUCUUAUCCAGUUCAGUCCCAGGUCAAGUUUAUGAUUGACAUGUUCAGUCACCCAGGCACCGCCUCCCUGCUGUACGUCAAUGACGCCAAGGUGUUGAUAGAUAUUCUUAUCAGAAAUCUGACAGACCUACAGCCUGGCGACAAGAUGCGUUCCUCCAUCUUGAUCCUGGUGAAGCUUCUUCUACAGAACUCGGACUACUUUGAACACCAGCACCGAAUGACAGAACUGUGUGAGUGUGUGCUGACCAUUAAUAAAGAGGAAGAGGAAGUGACGGCCCAGGACAGGAAGGAAGCAGAGGUCAUCCUGAAGGAACUCAACAAAAACAUGAAGACUAAAGAGAAGGUUAACUACUCAUGUAAGUGAAAGUGUAGAAGAAUGUUUAAGUACACAGAAGAAGAAAAAGGAAGUUUAAAAUAACAGAAGAGGAAGGAAGUUUACCAGACAUAUGAAGAGGGAAAACAGACGUAUGAACAUCAAGGAAUUUCAAAUUCAUCUGUAACAUUAAGUUUGAAUUUAGGAAAGUAUGAACAGGAUUAUAAGUAAAGGCAUUCAUGAGGAAUAAAGGAAGAACUUAAUAGGUAAUAAAAGAACAACCUGACACACAUCUAAAGAGGAAAUAACUAUGUAUUCACAUGAAGAAUGAAGAUUUAAAAAUUUAGAGCUGCAUGCAUGGUUAAUUGUCAAGAUACUAGAUGUAGUUGUAUUUAUUUCUGGUUUCUAUGUUUUGCAUCUAAAUCAUUGUCAACACAUAUUUACUUAAUUAAAGAGAGAGGGGAGUGAGAGGAAAAAUGUACUCUGAGUUAUAUUUGUGAGUUUUGGCUCUGUUUUAUUAUCUUGAUAUUUUUGCAAGAAAUUUAUGGACGAAUUGUUGUAGCCUUUUAAGGCAGUAUUAUAAGAAACUUGUACAUUUGUUUGUGAAGUGCCAUAUCUAUCUUUGUUAGUGUUUGGGGAACAUUCAAUGUUGUCAGUAGUUUUUAGGAUUAUUUUUUUCUGCUUUAUUUGCUUGUGUGAAAGUACAUUCGACUGUGGCUUUCUGAAAACACUCUGUGAAAUUUCCAAGAACUUUGACUUAUUCACUAAAUAUACACAAUUAAUAUUUUUGAAUUGCAGAAAAUGUUUUACUUUUUGUUAGACAUCAAAACAUGGUACCUUGUGACUAUGCAGUAUACUCUUUAAGAAAAAGCAGAAAUUGCAGGCAUGUAAAAGAAAAAGCAGAAAUUGCAGGCAUGUAAAAUUUUUUUUGAUUAUUUGUACAGUAUUAGCAAGUUAGCUAAUUAGCAGGGUGCUUAGGUUAACCCAUAUUAGUAGAAGGGCAGUUGCUUGCUAAAAUUUUAACCACUGAAUUUUUACCAUGUAAAGUUAUGGAACAUGUCUUUUAAUAAAAUUCUGCCAAAAGUUUUCUAUUCUGUAUCAAAAGGUGCAAGUAACAGUCUGCAUUAGUAUUACAUAUUCAUUAAACAAUAUUCUUGUAGAUAU